AUGGUUUUUUCAAUAAAAAUCAAUGAUAGUGAAGAUGGAAAAGUUUGUAUUGAUGGGAAAAAAGCAAAUGCCAAAGUUUUUUCUGACUAUAUCAAAGGAUCAUUAAGAAAGGAAGUUGCUCCAUAUGGAUAUAAAAUUAUAAUUUAUCACUAUGGAAAUCCAUACACUAUUGAUGGAAAUCUUCUUGCUUCCAAAUCUGAAUUUGUUUUAGGUCUCAUAAAACUUUUCCAAUCACCAUUGCAAUUAGAUUUUUCUGAUUGUUCAAAGAAUGCCAUUGAAAGAGUUAUUCACUACUUGAAAACAGGUGAUGAUAAUUUCGAUCCAUUGGAAAUAUCGUCUAUCUAUGAUAUUGUUGUUAAAUUAGAUAUUAGACCAUUAAGAAUGAUUAUGAAACAUCGUAUUGAUAAUGCCAUUGUUGGAUUGAAUGUUGAAAAACAAAUAAAAAGAAAUCAACAACGCUCCAGAUCAAUGGUUAAAAGUAAUUCUAGAUCAAGAGCUGUAAGCAAUUCUAGAUCAAAAAUUGAAAGUAGAUCUAGAUCAAGAGUUGGAAGUAAAUCUAGAUCAAAAGUUAGAACUAAAAAGAGAAGUAUAAAUGACUAUAAAAAAUGUUUUGAUGAGAUUUUUGAGCUUCUUAAGGCAGUUGACAAAUUUAACGGAAACAUUCAACCUGUUCCUAUGGAUGAUAGACCAAGAAGAGGAAGAUCUGCUAAAAAAAGUGUUAGUAAGGCAAGAAAAAUUCCAUUUUCCAGAGAUACUAGUAUAAGAAAAGAUAAAUCGGUUGAUAAAAGUAUUCAAACGUUUGGGAAAUCAGUUUCUAGAAACUUAAAUAAUAGCACAAGAAAAAGUAGAUCAAUAAGUAGACCAAACAAAAAAAAUUUAGCUAAUGAUAAAAAUGUUUCUCAAGAAAAUCAUAAACAAUCACCAAAAGGUGGAAAGAAAAAAAACAUGUUGAGAGAUUUGUCACAAUUAUCAAGCAGUGGAAAAAAAAAUAAAAUGAAAGAGGACAGUAAAAAAAGACCAAAAAGCAGAAGACGUUAUAAUGGAAAAGGAAAAAAAUCAGAAGGUUUAAUGUCUAAUGCAAUUUCUCCAUACAGAAAAGAUAUGAUUGAUAAUGGAGUUAUAACAAUAGCUCCAUAUUUUAGUCAAAAUAAUCCUUACAUUAAAAAUGAAGAAUCAAUUCCACCAUCAUCUUUUACCACUGAUUAUAGUGAUGAUUCCACUGCUCUUUCAAUCAGAAAUAGUAAUAAAAGUAACUCAAAAAAUGUUAGCCAUUUUAAUAGUGCUCCAAAAAUCCAACUGCAACAAGUCAUAGAGAAUGCAAUAGCAGAAAAUAAAGAUUAUGAAGAUAAAUGCAGACGUAAAGAUGGAGGCUUUAAUUCAGGAAAAUUCCAAUACUAG